ACCUCGCCGCGCACCAUGGCCGGGCUGCUGGCGCUGCUGGGCCGGACGGGCCGAGCUGGCGCCCGAGUCCGGCCUCGCGCCGCUUGGCUCCCGGGCGCCGCUGCGCCCUGCGCCCCGCCGCCCCUGGCCCUGCCCCUGCUACCUGGGCCCGACACCCGGGUGCUGCGCGCGGCCCAUGGAGACGAUCGCGGCCGGCAGGACCUCAGCAAAAUCACAGAGACAGCAGGCAACGAGGUGAGCAGCACAGAGAAGCAAAGCAAGUCACAGCAGCUGAGAAGGAUUUUUAAAGAAUAUGGGGCCGUGGGUGUGUCCUUCCACAUUGCAACCUCCUUAGUCUCCUUGGGCAUCUUUUACACGGCUGUUUCAAGUGGCGUGGACAUGUCUGCGCUCCUGCUGAAGCUCGGACUCAAAGAGUCGCUGGUGCAGUCAAAGAUGGCAGCGGGCACAAGUACCUUCGUGGUGGCAUAUGCGAUCCACAAGCUGUUUGCACCAGUGAGAAUCAGCAUCACCUUAGUUUCUGUGCCCUUGAUUGUCAGAUAUCUCCGGAAAGUGGGAUUUUUCAAACCUCCUGUGGCCAAGCCUUGAUGAACUCUGCUGUUGUAGGCACUGAAAACCUACUGUUUAUAAAUGACACAUUUGGGGUUGGUUUUAGGGCUGUAGGGCUUUUUUUAGGGGGAGCAGAGAGAGCUGAUUGCUACGUUCUCAUGAAUGUUUUACCUUUGCCAGCAACAUUUAGAUUUCUGAAUAAUCGUAGUUUUUUGCUUUAUAAAUGUUGCUAAUGCCUUCCUCACGGGCUUGUAUAUGUGAUCUAAGACAUCAGAAGGGAGUUGCCUUUAUAAACAAAACUGUGAGCCUACAAAACGUCCCCUCUGGAAGAUCUCGGUGAGGGGGUGAGGGUCGGUCGACAAAACCCUGGGAGGUGAAUCUUGGCUCCGGCCAAAGAGCAGUGAUUAGUCAAGCCCGGUGUCUGUCGUCAGGCUGCCUGCGGUUUAAUACACAGUGCUCUAUAGAGCAGCUGCCAGUGCUACAGUUAGAGACGCAGAACUGAAGACCUAACAAUGUGUAAUCAGCAUCUAAAUUAUAGCCUCAGCCCUUCGGCAUCCAUCAUGUUUGUUUUGGGAAAAGAAAAGCAGACUUGUCUGGUGGGUUUCAGAUUCCAAAACACCCUCAAAUCUGGGCACUGUGGGUCCUACCUCAGGUGGCUUUGCUGAGAUUUCACUCAGGUAGAUCAUGGUCAUUUGUUUUCGUUUCAGUGAAACUGGAAACCUCCAAAUAAGGGGAUCCCUGGUGGCACAGUGGUUAACUGCUCGGCUGCUAACCAAAAGGUCGGAGGUCCAAACCCAUCCAGUGGUUCCUGGGAAGGAAAGACCUAGUGAUCUGCUCCCGUAAAGAUUAUAGCCUAGAAAAUCCUACAGGCAGGGGCAGAUUAUCCAAUAAGGAAGGUAAGCACGGGCUUACUUGUGCUUACUUAUUAAUCUGUAGUGAACAAUUUUGCAUGAGUUUUACCACAUCUUUGUAGUGAAAUUGUUCACUACAGAUUAAUAAGUAAGCACAAGUAAGCCCAUGCCUACCUUGCUUUACUUGCAUAAUCCGGCCCUGCCCAUGGGGCAGUUCUGCUCUGUCCUAUGGGGUCACUGAGUCGGAAUCGACUGGAUGGCAGCAUGUCUCCAAGUAACAGCAUCAUUUGGCUCCUGCUGCCCAUAUCCAGGAGAAUUGGGAUCCUGCACGUAUGAAGAGCUGAGACAAUCUUUGCCUAACUGUCUACAAACUGCAGACAUUCCCGAGCUACUGUCAGCGUGGACGUUGUGUUGCUCAUAUAUUGUUAACCGGCUUUAUAUUUAACUAUGUAAAAAAAAAAAAAAAAAAGUAUCAUGCCCUAAGGAGGAAAUGAGUAUCACUUGUUAUAAAUAGGUGUCUUGCUGGCAUAGUGGUUUCCUGCCCAGCUGCUAACCGAAAGGUCAGUAGUUUGAAUCCGCCUGCCGGUCCGUGGAAGAAAGAUGUGUCAGUCUGCUUCCAUAAAGAUGACAGCCUUGGAAACCCUAUGGGCCAGUUCUACUCUGUCCUAUAGCGUUGCCAUGAAUCAGAACCAACUCGACAGCAUUAGGGUUUUAAAUGGAAACCCAUUAAACCAAAACCCAUUCCUGUGGAGUCGAUUCCAACUCAUAGCGACCCUAUAGGGCAUUGCAGAACUGCUCCAUCGGGUUUCCAAGGAGCACCUGGUGGAUUCGAACUGUUGACCUUUUGGUCAACACCACACCACAAGGGUUUCCUAUAAAUGGAAAGCACCUGUACAAUAAAUACAGGAAAGGGAGGUGGGGGAUGAGCAAUGUAAUUAAAUUCUAAGCUGGUUUUACUCAUGAAGGGUGUGUGACCUGAGGCCCCUCGCUCUGCGUUAUGGGAUUAGGUAAGCAUAGAAACUUGAGCACACUAGACCCAAACUGAGACUUUCUCCUUGAAGUCAUCAGGCCACAGCACUUGAAGGAAGUCCUUCCUGUGGUACUCAGUGUUCACACCACCCUGCUGGCCACCCCCUGGCACAGGGCAGUGGCUACACACUUUGGGAAACCCCAGUUUACCAACUCUGCCCCAUCGCUGUGGUUGAGGGGAUCGUGGUCAUCUUUCUGGUUCCGGAGUUUGACACAUUACGUUUGCGACAGUCAGAACAUUAAAGAACUAUCAACUGACCCUCCUGGUUUUACAAACUCUCCUCUGACAGCUCCCCAGUUCGCGCAGAAUAACCGAUGUCCAUCAGUCAUUCCACUACCCUUUACAAGAGUCUUUGUGGGACACGUUCUCCACUUGUAGGAUUUUGAGAAAACUGAUUUAUUUUUCUUUUAAAGCAACUCCUGGCACACUCCCCAAAGAUUUUACAGAUUUUAGCUUAACUGCCUUUCUGGAGUCUAAUUCCAAGGGCAUCCACACACCUGAGCAAGGUGCCCUUGGAUCAGUGCUGGGCGACUCCUUACGUGGACUGCGGCAUUUACCCCCAUUGCGUGCUGUGUCUGAACGUGACUUGUCGGCUUCGGGCUCCUAGCCCCUUCGCAGGGAUGGAUUACCGGUAAGGUAUGCGUGGGUUUAAUCUGUAGUGCACAAUUUCACCUGUUUUUCACAUUGAGUAUGUGGUGAAACCCAUACGAAAUUGUGCAGUACAGAUUAGUGAACACAAGCCCGUGUGUACCGUGCUUACUGGUUUAUCGAUCCCUGCCCCUUCCAUCCCAGGCUCCCUGCCAUUCAGGCCUUGUUGUACCUAUGCAAAAAAGCUGAUAGUCAGGUUUAAGGGCCUCGUUCCUCGACUUUCUUAGGAGUAAUGGGAGAGGGCUGAAAGGGCAAGCAAUAAAAUCCUCACACCAAAUAGCCAUGUCCCUACCUUCUGAGCCCCGGCUCCAUUCUCUUCCCGUGGCCAGUGAUCCACAAGAACAGCUGGAGGGGGUGAGACCACAGGCUCAGGGAACUGGAGCAUUACGUGGUCACCAGCAGGAUGUACAAACUGAUUGUAUUUACCUUGCUUUUAUGCAACUAGGAAUGCUGGAUGACCUAUUUUAAAAAUGUAAGCCAUCUUUCACCUUUUUUUUAACCUGACAAAGCAGCUUAAAUUCUGUGAAAAAAAUAAAAGUCUUUGUAAAGUCUAUGCCGA